GUUACUACUCGGUACUAGCGAGCCAAGGCCCUGGAGAGACACAGUUGACAACGGGUCCCGUCCCGGCCCAUCGUUUGCUAACUAUUUUGUCUUUUCGCCUCCGCCACGACCCGAUACCGACCUGAGGUUUUUCCCUGGGUGCUUCAUUUAUUACUCCCCUCCCUUCCUCCUUUUCCCGCCUGUGUUUCUUGUUCCCUCCCCGCGACCCAAUUGGUAUCCCUCUCUCUUCUCCCAAGGGCCAUUGGAACUUGUCAACCGUUCCUCUGAGUGUAUUCAUCCAAUACCGAGGCAACAUCACCAAGCUGCUCUCAACCCUCCUCCUUCUCUUCCUAGAAGCAGCACAAUAAUACCAGCCGCCAUGGCUUCCACCACUUCGUCUGCGCCGGCCGGCCAGAACCCCGUUCUCCGCCGCACCGUGACCAGCAACACCGUCGAGACUGACGCUUCGGUUCCUUCGACUGCCAUGGCUUCGCCCGUGGACUCGCCCCGUCCUUCUGCUUCCUCGACGUCCUUGUCGUCUAUGGCUUCUGACGAUGCCGUCCUCCAGAAGAAGGCCAACUACACCAAGCUGUACGACACCUACGGCAACGAGUUCACCCCUCCCGAUUUCACCAUCAAGGACAUCCACAACGCUAUCCCCAAGCACUGCUUCGAGCGUUCUGCCCUCAAGGGUUACGCCUACAUCGCCCGCGAUAUCCUCUGCCUCACUACCACCUUCUUGAUCUUCCACAACUUCGCUACCCCCGAGUACGUGCCUUCCAAGGCUGCUCGUGUUGUUCUCUGGGCCGUCUACACCGUCCUCCAGGGUCUCUUCGGUACCGGUCUUUGGGUCAUUGCCCACGAGUGCGGUCACCAAGCCUUUUCGCCCUCCAAGACCAUCAACCACGCCACCGGCUGGGUUCUUCACUCGGCUCUCCUCGUCCCUUACUUCAGCUGGCAGAUUUCCCACAGCAAGCACCACAAGGCCACUGGCCACAUGGAGCGUGACAUGGUUUUCGUGCCCCGCACUCGCGAGCAGCAGGCCACUCGCGCCGGCCGCUUGGCCCACGAAGUCGGCGAGCUGGCUGAGGAGACUCCUAUCUACACCCUCCUGAUGCUUAUCGCCCAGCAGCUCGUUGGCUGGCCCAACUACCUCAUGACCAACGUCACCGGCCACGACUUCCACGAGCGCCAGCGUGAGGGCCGCGGCAAGGGCAAGCACAACGGUUCCGGCGGUGGUGUCAACCACUUCGACCCCAAGAGCCCCAUUUUCGAGGCCAAGGACGCCAAGCUCAUUGUCAUGUCUGACAUUGGUGUCGGCAUCACCAUGACCGUCCUUACCCUCCUCGGUAACAAGUUUGGCUGGUCCAACCUCCUGGUUUGGUACUUCAUUCCAUACCUCUGGGUUAACCACUGGCUCGUUGCCAUUACCUUCCUUCAGCACACCGACCCUACCCUUCCUCACUACACCGCCGGUGAGUGGAACUUUGUUCGCGGCGCCGCUGCCACUAUCGAUCGCGAGAUGGGCUUCAUCGGACGCCACCUCCUCCACGGUAUCAUCGAGACCCACGUCCUUCACCACUACAUCAGCACCAUUCCCUUCUACAACGCCGACGAGGCUUCCGACGCCAUCAAGCCUGUCAUGGGCAAGCACUACCGUGCUGAUGUCAAGGAUGGCCCGGUUGGCUUCAUCAAGGCCCUGUACAAGUCUGCGCGUAUGUGCCAGUGGGUUGAGCCUAGUGCCGAGGCCCAGGGUGAGGGCAAGGGUGUCUUGUUCUUCCGCAACCACAACGGUAUUGGUACUGCCCCUAUCAAGGGUGCGGUGAACUAAGUCACGGCGUUGAGCGACUGAACGAAAAAGGAAAACAAGGUCGUGUCAUCUCAUGAGCCGGUCCACGAUGGCCCUCUCUGCAUAUGCUAGUGUAGGACUACGGCGAUUCGUACCGCCGAGUUAUUCGGGCUUUGGGCCUGGCUGUCAAGUCUCGUUAAUGUGCGAUCUUCCGAGGACGCUGUGGUAAUG